CAAGAAUUUGAUCUUGGGCAGGAUGGCAUCUGCCCAGAACCUUUUAAUCCUGGCUCUAUAUGGCUUGUUACUAGAGUUACCGACUGGAUGUCAUGCAACAGAUACAAGGCAGCCAAGGUUACGUCUGUCACAUAAAGAGCUCUGGGAUUUAAACAGGACGUCAGUCUUUCAUAGCCCAUUUGGAUAUCUUGGUCUUCAUAUAAUGCUGCUGGAUGAGUAUCAAGAGCGACUGUUCGUGGGAGGAAGAGACCUCUUGUAUUCCCUCAGUUUGGAUCGAGUCAGCGACAACUACCGAGAGAUCCAUUGGUCUAGUACACCUCUGCAGGUGGAAGAAUGCAUAAUUAAAGGAAGAGAUGCUGAUGAAUGUGCAAAUUACAUCCGUGUCCUUCACCGAUACAACAGAACGCAUCUUCUGGCUUGUGGAACAGGGGCUUUUGAUCCACUCUGUACUUUUGUUAGAGCUGGACAUCCAUCAGAGGAUCAUCUGUUUCAUCUGGAAUCGCACAAAUUUGACAGAGGACGAGGCAGGUGCCCUUUUGACCCCAGUUCUUCCUUCACCUCCAUCUUAAUUGGUGGUGAACUUUUUACUGGUCUCUACAGUGACUACUGGGGGAGAGAUGCUGCUCUAUUUCGCACCAUGAAUCGCAUGGCCCAUCUCCGAACUGAACCUGAUAGUGAGCGCCUGUUGAAAGAACCAAAAUUUGUUGGCUCAUACAUGAUUCCUGACAAUGAAGACCACGAUGAUAACAAAGUAUACUUCUUCUUUACUGAAAAGGCAUUAGAGGCUGAGACAAGCACUCAUGCCAUAUACACCAGAGUGGGACGCGUAUGUGCGAAUGAUAUGGGAGGCCAGCGAAUGCUCGUGAAUAAAUGGAGCACUUUCCUCAAAACCAGGCUAGUUUGCUCUGUGCCUGGGAGAAACGGAAUUGAUACGCAUUUUGAUGAAUUAGAGGAUGUGUUUCUGCUGCAAACUCGUGAUAACAAAAAUCCGGUGAUAUUUGGCCUCUUCAACACUACAAGCAAUAUAUUUAGAGGGUAUGCUGUAUGUGUUUACCACAUGGCAAGUGUCCGAGCAGCUUUCAAUGGACCAUAUGCUCAUAAAGAAGGACCUGAAUACCACUGGGCUCUAUAUGAAGGAAAAGUACCUUAUCCUAGACCUGGUUCAUGUGCCAGCAAGGUGAAUGGUGGUCUGUACACUACCACUAAAGACUAUCCUGAUGAAGCUGUCCAUUUUGCAAGGAGUCACCCGCUGAUGUAUCAGCCCAUCAAGCCCGUUCAUAAGAGACCAGUGCUAGUUAAAACAGACGGAAAGUACAAUCUUAAACAAAUAGCAGUGGACAGAGUGGAAGCUGAAGAUGGGCAAUAUGAUGUCUUGUUCAUUGGCACAGAUAAUGGAAUUGUGCUGAAAGUCAUUACAAUUUACAAUCAAGAGACGGAAUCAAUGGAAGAAGUGAUUCUUGAAGAGCUGCAAGUAUUCAAGGUACCAGUUCCUAUUAUUUCUAUGGAAAUCUCUUCAAAAAGGCAACAGCUCUACGUUGGAUCUGAGUCGGUCAUAGCGCAAGUGAAGUUCCACCAGUGUGACAUGUAUGGAACGGCCUGUGCGGACUGCUGCCUUGCUCGAGAUCCAUACUGCGCUUGGGAUGGCAUCUCCUGCUCCCGAUACUAUCCCACAGGAAUGCAGGCAAAGAGACGUUUCCGCAGACAAGAUGUUCGACACGGAAAUGCAGCGCAGCAGUGCUUUGGCCAACAGUUCAUUGGCGAAGUCCUGGAGAAGACUGAGGAACGAUUUGUUUAUGGAAUAGAGUACAACAGCACCCUUCUGGAGUGCACCCCUCGGACCUUACAAGCAAAAGUAAUCUGGUUUGUCCAGCGAGCACAUGAAACUAAGAAGGAAGAGGUGAAGACAGAUGACAGAAUAAUCAAAAUGGACCUUGGCCUCUUAUUCCUGAAGCUUCAUCGGCUGGAUGCAGGGACCUAUUUUUGUCAGACAGUGGAACACAGCAUUGUUCACACUGUCAGGAAAAUCACCCUGGAAAUAGUCGAGGAAGAACGUGUAGAUGAAAUGUUCAACAAAGACUAUGAGGAGGAGACACCUCACAAAAUGCCAUGCCCAAUGCAAAGCAGUAUACCUCAGGCAUCAAAGCCAUGGUACAAGGAAUUUCUUCAACUAAUAGGUUACAGCAACUUCCAGAGGGUGGAAGAAUAUUGUGAGAAAGUGUGGUGUACAGAUAAGAAGAGAAAAAAGCUUAAAAUGUCUCCAUCCAAGUGGAAAUACGCCAACUCUCAGGAGAAGAAGGCAAGGAUCAGGCCAGAGCAUUACCGGUUGCCCAGGAACAUAGCUGACUCUUGAUGGACAACAGCGAUCCACUAUUUCUGGGUGAAAUUUUAUUUGGACUUAAGUAAGAGGGAGAAAGCAGUCCUGGUUUUGGUAAAUGACACAGGUUUACAUAUAUAAAAUAUUGAGACUGAAAACAAAAAAGCUAUGGUAAGUUAUACCAUACACUCAUGAUGACUGUUUUGAAGCAUUUUAAACAAAAUCUUCUUAACUAUCUGAUUCUAAGUAAGUCAAUGCAAUCAGAGUUUUGCAUUAGGGAGGACGUG